ACUAAUAUUCUGUGCGGAACUGCAAUAUGUCAGCUUCCUUGGAGUUGGAAAGUUGGUAAUUUGUAAUGUGAUUUUCAUUGUAUUACUAUAUGAUAUCAUGAUUGGCGAUUUGAUAUCGGGUUCAGAAACUUCAAAGCUUGUCCUUAUAGAGGACUCUGUGAAUGUUUGUGGACGGAAUCUUCUACUGUCGUAUAUCCUGUCCCUAUCGCAGAGAACAGAUGAAGUUCACCUCUUCUCCUAUGAUGUCAGAACUCAAGACACUGUUGAAACAAUAAAGUCAUUAGGAAUUCAGAAUGUCAGAGUCCAUGACGGAUCCAAAGAUCUUCUUGGAUGGGACAAAUCAUGUGGCCUAGGACUCCAUACUGAUGUUAAGACUUACAUCAAAAAGAAAUUGUCACCAGGGACAAAAUCUAUUGCCAUAGUAAUGGACACCUUAAGUCCCCUGCUAACACACAAAUCACCUCCUUUUACAUGCAGAACUCUCCAUGGGCUGGCUUUUUCAGCAGAUCUAGGGUCUCAGGUCCAACAAGUUGUUGGUGUGAUCCAUGGAGACCUCCAUGAUGACAACAGCCUCUCUUUGAUUCAUCACACAGUUACAACAAUUCAUAGGAUGGUUUCUACAGUAACACCUGACUCAGUGUUCUGCUGCAAUACCCUACACAAGAAAAUCUCUGGAAAAGUGAUCAGAAUUAAAGAGAGUUUCAACAUAACAGAAGAUUUCAGAGUCACAGAUGUUACGGAGGUGAAGCAACCAACACGAACUGUUACAGAUGUUCAGAAUCAGCUUGACCCUGCAGCAAAUCUUCCAUUCAAUUUAUCAUUAUCUGAGAAGGAAAAGGAGGCCAGAAAUCAGUUAGUUCUCCCAUAUACAUACAACAAGGAGAGACAAGAAUCUGUUCUUGCCAAGUCAGUGGGAGAGGGGAAGAUCUUCUACCAGCCUGAUGAAGCUGAUGACUUUGAUGAGGAGGACCCUGAUGAUGAUCUAGACAUUUAACCGUCAUAGCAUAAAUAUAGAAACUGCCAUUCUGAUGAACUGUACUGCCAAUGUAUUUGACAGAUUUGAAAAUGUAUUGUUGUUCAAAGAUUGCAAUAAAACAUAGCUAUUCACAAAGA